GCACGUCUCCCGCACUAUCUUUGUAGUAUCUUUGCGACUGAACUCUGAAAAUCCGCCCAGUCAGUUUCUCGGCUGGAGUUUCCCGGUGUUUCGAUAGACACGGGAACUCCCAUAGCCACUGCCGUCUGUUUGCACACACGUUACUCGACCUGAAGCUUCCGCUGCCAACGCAUUGGAGUUUCCGUGAUAUAUGUGCUGCUGGUAUAUAGGCUGAGGGUGACUGUGUGUUGGCGUCAUUCAGCAAAGGACCGCUCCGGAGAUACUGUGGAAGGAAGCCGCAUUUGAGGUCUCAGCUCGACUCAGCUUAGCUUAGUUAGAGCCAUGGACACAGUCAUGGGUACAUUGCUCGGCGCGCUGCGGCACAACUUCGCCCGUGCCGCCGAGCCGAUGACCGCCCCACCGGUAAAGGAAGGUCAGGACAAGGACGGUCAGGACAAUGACGGUCAGGACAAGGACGGUCAGGUCAGGGACGGUGAGGAGGACGCCAACCAGCGGUACGACCCGGCGCAGGACGCUGCUGAGAAGACCUACCACGCCGGCGAGGCGGCCGGGCGCGCCGCGGCAGAGGCCGCCAGCAGCGGCUUCACCGGACCGAGGAAGCACGACCCGGUCAAAACCGGCGGACUGAGGGUGUAUGAGUCAGACAGCGGCACGGUCAGUGUCGGCGUGGGCGCCAGCUCAGACGGAACCGACCACGGCGUGGGGGCGGGCCUCAGACUGGAAUGGUGAACAGUGCAACGGGGAUAGGGUAUGGAUGACUGAGUGAUCUCGAUGGCGUUUUACGAAAGGAUACGGGUGACGGUGUAUAUGGGUGGUAGCUGUGAGCUAGGAAUUUAUGUCUGAUGGUGUACCAACGAACCAUAGGCUGUGGAUUUUCUGCUUGAUUAUGUUUAUUCCUCUCCGAUAUUUUCAAUUCUAGUCAGGUAUCUGUUGACCUGAAAUUGGAAUUGUAUAGAAGCUGGUGACUUAUUGGAACACGAGGGCAUACGCCGCCCUGCACCACACCGGUUGUCUACCUAAAACGAUACCUAGUUUAGCGGUCACUAAUGCCAUGUUUUAGCGAUGUUGCUAUGAAUUAUUUUUGUCGGAUGUGUCAAUGCCCAAUGAUUUCAGCGAGCGUUAAUUAUUGUAAUGAAUGCGUUAUGAAUAAAAUGAAUGCGAUUUCA